AUGCCAGCCACCAGUCUCUGCCAAGACGAGACAUGUCCUCCAUACAGUCUUAUGGACGAUUAUAGCGAGGGUGCCCAUCCACAAAUUCUAGAGGCUCUUCUCCGCACAAAUUCAUCCCAGCAAGUCUCUUAUGGAGGCGAUGAGUACUCCGAUGCUGCCCGCCAAUUGAUCCUAGAGAAGAUCGAUUGCGCAGAGGACGAGGCAGACAUUUUCUUCGUACCAAGCGGCACAUCCGCAAAUCUGAUCUCAAUUGCUAGCUGUCUCCGGCCCUACGAGGCUGUAAUUACCCUUGAGUCGGGCCAUAUUGCAUGCAAAGAAGCUGGUGCAAUUGAAGCAACUGGACACAAGCUUAUCCUUGUUCCACCAGUCGAUGGCAAGAUGACAACGACCAAUUUGCAAAAGUCACUGCAACAAAAUCAAUUCUUCCCGCACAUGGCAAAGCCACGACUUCUAUAUAUCUCCAAUGCGUCUGAGACCGGAACAGUAUACACAAAGCGAGAAUUAACCAAUCUAUCCGCUGUAUGCAAACAAAACAACCUCCUACUCUUGAUGGAUGGUGCCCGAAUCGGAACAGCACUAUGCUCCAAGAAAAACGAUAUGACCCUCCGAGAUAUCUUCGAUUUCGUCGAUAUUUUCUGGAUCGGCGGAACCAAAGCCGGAGCACUGAUGGGAGAAGCAAUCGUUGUCAAGAAACAUCUAGCCGAGGGAUUCGUCUUCCAUCUCAAACAACAUGGCGCUUUGCUGGCGAAGGGCCGGAUCCUAGGUGUUCAAUUCAUGGAACUCUUCCGGGAUGAUCUAUUUUUCACAUUGGCUGGACACGCGAAUGCCAUGGCUGAGAAGAUCUCAGCUAAUUUUGAAUACCUGGGCCACGAACUUGCUGCGGAGACAGCCACAAAUCAAGUCUUUGUCAUUCUUCCGCAGAAUCUGGUUAGGAGGCUUCAGGAUAGAUUCAGAUUCUAUAAUUGGGAGCAAUUGGAUGAUGGGCGUGUUGUUGUGCGAAUUGUUACUUCUUGGGCAACGGAUGAGAUGCAGGUUGACAAGUUUAAUGCAUGGGUGGCGCAGUGGACGGCGACAGCCAAAGAAUUUUCUGUUUAG